GACAUAUUUGUCGGGCUCUGCGCUCUACCUCACAGUCAAGUCAGACAACGAAGACGGAGCAGUGGUAUCGGGUAGUUUUAUGGCUCUCUACUCAAUACAAUAUGUUUGUUCUGUUUAAGGAUACUCUGGUUUUUAAAGGCCGUGAAAACGAAACCACCGCUGUAUAUUCGACGAAGAAUAUUGCCAAGACAAAGUAACUCUUAUGUGAACACGGUUAACUUUUAAGUGCUAAAUGAGACUCAAUCGUCGAACGACAUCAACUUCAUCUAUCGGAGAUAGUUCUCCUGAACAUACCCAGGAGGGAGUCUAUUAAGGAUUAAAACCGAUGCUUGAAGACGAAGACUUUACGUUUUAGCGAAGAACUUCGUGGAUUUCAUGGGGCAACUAUCUUUUGUAACUUUUUUUCUUUAACUGCGAUGCAAACUGUUGUAGAAAACAACAAUGCCGUUUUUGGAUACAGUUUAACCCAAAUACCGACCGAUAAUGUUGGAUCAUACAGAAUAACGCAAGACUUUGAGCAUCAAGUCGUAUAGUUUGCUCCGUAUGCUUUUGCUGAUGCGAACGGUAGGAACAGAAGAGGAAACCUUUAAUUUGACCUAGGGAUAGAAAAGCUUCUCUGAAGUCUUCGUCAGUUUAUGCAUCAAGAUGUCGGCCAUCUCUGCAUCUGAGAAAGUGGACGGGUUUACGAGAAAGUCCGUGAGGAAGGCCCAGAAACAGAGGAAAUCCCAAGGCUCUUCUCAGUACCACACUCAGAGCUCUACUGUUGAGCUUUCACCGCUGCCGCAACUCAAAGAUGCCCCCUCCGCAGAGCAGCAGGAGCUGUUCACCCAGAAACUCCAGCAGUGCUGCAUGCUCUUUGACUUUCUGGACUCAGUGGCGGACCUAAAGAGCAAGGAGAUCAAGAGGGCCACACUUGGUGAACUCGUGGACUACAUUUCCACCAACAGGGGGGUGCUGGUGGAGUCUUGUUACCCAGAGAUCACUAAUAUGAUUACCACCAACAUCUUCCGGACUCUUCCACCAAGUGAAAACCCUGAUUUUGACCCAGAGGAGGAUGAACCCAGUCUAGAAGCUUCAUGGCCUCACAUGCAACUGGUCUAUGAGUUUCUCCUGCGCUUUCUUGAAAAUCCAGACUUUCAGCCCAGCAUUGCGAAGCGCUACAUUGAUCAGAAAUUUGUUUUGCAGCUCCUGGAGCUGUUUGAUAGUGAGGACCCAAGGGAGAGGGACACCCUGAAGACCAUCUUGCAUCGGAUUUAUGGAAAGUUCCUGGGCUUGCGAGCCUUCAUCAGGAAGCAGAUCAACAACAUUUUCUUGCAGUUCAUUUAUGAAACGGAGCACUUCAAUGGAGUUGCUGAGCUGCUAGAAAUCCUGGGAAGUAUCAUCAAUGGGUUUGCUUUGCCUCUGAAGGCAGAGCACAAGCAAUUCUUGGUGAAGGUGCUUAUACCGUUACACACAGCUAAAGGACUGGCCCUUUUCCAUGCACAGCUGGCGUACUGUGUGGUGCAGUUCCUGGAGAAGGAUCCUGCGCUCACUGAGCCGGUAAUUCACGGUCUGCUCAAGUUUUGGCCUAAAACCUGCAGUCAGAAAGAGGUGAUGUUCCUGGGUGAAAUUGAGGAGGUUCUGGAUGUGAUUGAGCCAACACAAUUCAAGAAAAUCCAGGAGGCUUUGUUCAACCAGAUCUCUAGAUGUGUGGCCAAUCCACAUUUUCAGGUGGCAGAGCGAGCGCUUUAUUUCUGGAAUAACGAGUAUAUUCUCAGCCUCAUUGAGGAGAACAUCGACAAGAUCCUUCCCAUCAUGUUCGGUAGCCUGUACAAAAUCUCCAAAGAGCACUGGAACCAGACAAUCGUAGCUCUGGUCUACAAUGUGCUGAAGACGCUGAUGGAGAUGAACUGCACACUGUUUGAUGAGUUGACUUCCUCCUAUAAAGCAGAAAGGCAACAGGAGAAGAAGAAGGAGCAGGAGAGGCAUGAGCUGUGGAAGAAGCUGGAUGAGCUGAGGCUCAGCAACACUGCUGUGGUCCAGAACAACAACCACGGUCUCCAGAGUGUCCAUAACAACAACAGUAAUAAUAACAAUAAUCAUGACAACCAGGAGAAGAGCAUUGCUGCUGCUGCUGCUGCAGAUCCUGGCGUCAGCGGGACAGCCAGUGAGAACACCCCAUGUGCCAAAUGACACCAGAUGUCAGGUUUUUUAAAUUUCACAAUGGUUUGACACCGUGUUCAGGACCAUCGGGGGAGGAUUAAGGGACAUGGAAAAAUACAAAUUAGGCCUCAACAGUAUAUUAAAUCUUCUUCGAAUGACCUAGAAUGCCAGCAUUUCUUUGACAGCAACAUCAAUUUAAACUUCAGACUGUCUUUGGGUGUUACAGUGUGACUGCAGUAUAGUGUUUGAUUAAAGAUUUAUCCUUUCACAUUUAGUUUCUUAACUGAAAAUGAUUUUGUUAUAUUCACUGUAUGAUACAUGGAAGGGGCAAAAAUAAUGACUUGAAUUUAAUGUUUCAGACUGUGCUGCACUUAGACGAGAGCUAUUUAAAGAGGUCUUUUUUUAAUGUGCUUUUUCACAUCACUGCCAACACUUGGGUGCAAAACCUUAAGCUUUUGCUUUUGUGAGUAUUUGGAGCAAAUGGGACCAGACCCAAAAUUAGACAUUUAGUGUCCUUUGAUGUAGAUAAAAGUGCAGUUGUCAGGAGCAGCAGCUAAAAGACAGUCGCAUCCCAUUAGAGAGGCAGAAUGGGAAGAACAUGGCCAAAAACGAUUCCGUCUUAAUCCCAAAUAUGGACUGAUAACUCUAUAAAUCACUGGAGUGUUAAACAUUUUUAUCUGGUGACAACAUGAAGCUAACAUGUUUAGAUUAUUUACAAUAAGUAUUGCGAGAGGGCUGUUAAACUAUUUGUUUAAAACAGUAGGUUUAACAUAAAAGUAUAUGAGACCUACAGUACUAUAUUUUUUCCAGAGUAUAGACAAAUAUUUUUGAAUAUAGAUUGAUUAUGAUGGGGUGUAAAAUAUGUUUAAGUGCAUAUCUGAUUAGUGCGUAUGUCCCUCCCUGUAUGUUAGUUUGGAGGCUGUUUGAAGGAAAAUACAAUCAAAGCUUAUAUGACCAUAAAUGUUUCUCUUUCAAAGCAGAAAAGCAAAGACACUCUGG